UGGGUGCCGGGGCCAGGCCAGCGCCAGGCACAGACACUUCGGCUCUUGUUGGGAGAACAGAGAGAGGCUCUCUUGUCCGCUGCCCAUCCUCCGGCUCCAACGGCUGGUUCUCCCAGAGGCCUGUCCUCGGGCUGUGCAGAGCCCACCUGAUCACUGUUACACGGGAUGGACUCUAGUCCGGCUGGGACCCCCAGUCCGCAGCCCCCAAGGGCCAAUGGGAAUAUCAACCUGGGGCCUUCUGCCAACCCAAAUGCCCGGCCCACCGACUUCGACUUCCUCAAAGUCAUUGGCAAAGGAAACUACGGGAAGGUCCUACUGGCCAAGCACAAGUCCGAUGGGAUGUUCUAUGCAGUGAAGGUGCUGCAGAAAAAGUCCAUCUUAAAGAAGAAAGAGCAGAGCCACAUCAUGGCCGAGCGCAGCGUGCUUCUGAAGAACGUGCGCCACCCCUUCCUCGUGGGCCUGCGCUACUCCUUCCAGACGCCGGAGAAGCUCUACUUUGUGCUGGACUAUGUCAACGGGGGAGAGCUCUUCUUCCACCUGCAGCGGGAGCGCCGGUUCCUGGAGCCCCGGGCCCGGUUCUACGCCGCUGAGGUGGCCAGCGCCAUUGGCUACCUGCACUCCCUCAACAUCAUUUACAGGGACCUGAAACCAGAGAACAUUCUCUUGGACUGCCAGGGACACGUGGUGCUGACAGAUUUUGGCCUCUGCAAGGAAGGUGUAGAGCCCGAGGAGACCACGUCCACAUUUUGUGGCACCCCCGAGUACUUGGCUCCAGAAGUGCUUCGUAAAGAGCCUUAUGAUCGGUCAGUGGAUUGGUGGUCCUUGGGGGCGGUUCUCUACGAGAUGCUGCACGGCCUGCCACCCUUCUACAGCCAAGACGUGUCCCAGAUGUAUGAGAACAUUCUGCAUCAGCCGCUACGGAUCCCCGGGGGCCGGACGGUGGCCGCCUGCGACCUCCUGCAAGCCCUUCUUCACAAGGACCAGAGGCAGCGGCUGGGCUCCAAAACAGACUUUCUUGAGAUAAAGAACCAUGUAUUCUUCAGCCCCAUAAACUGGGAUGACUUGUACCACAAGAGGCUGACUCCACCCUUCAACCCAAAUGUGGCAGGACCUGCUGACUUGAAACACUUUGACCCAGAGUUCACCCAAGAAGCUGUGUCGAAGUCCAUUGGCUGCACUCCCGACACUACUGCCAGCAGCUCCGGGGCCUCAAGUGCCUUCCUGGGAUUUUCCUAUGCGCCGGAGGAUGAUGCCACCUUGGAUUGCUAGAAGAGAAGCACCUGUGAAACCACUGAAGCCAUCUCGUAUCUGGAAGGAAUUACCUUCAGCUGCUAGUCACAGAGACCCAGAGUACCAUGGCUUAAAUAAGAUUAUUUUCCCCCAGCACAUAAAAGGAUGGCGUUAGGUGGUUCAGGGCUGGUAUGGCAUGUCAUCAGAGGCUUUUUGUAUUUCUGCUCUGCCAUUCGUGGCAAGUGGCUUCUACUAUUAGGAUUAUAAUAUUAUCAUAAGCUGGUACUAGAGCUCUAGCACUGCUUCUGCGUCCUGGGCAGGGAAAAAGGAGGAAAGAGCAAAAGGGCAGCUUUACAGAGCUUCCCCAGAAGCCCCACCCAGUGACUUCUGCUUGAAUCUCAGUAGCCAUCCAUCCUACCUAUAAUGGAGGUUGGGAUAUAUUUCUGAUUAACUGGGCACAUUACUCCCCACAAUAACACAGGGGUUUCAACACUAAGGGAGAAGGGGAAAAUGUUGGGUAGGCAACCAGCACCUCUUUACCAGAAGGUCUCUUGGCAUUUGGAUUUUAACCUCAAUGUGUAAAAUGACAGAGAUGUAACAAGCCUAUAGGGUAUCCCCAACACCCUCUUACUCUUCUAUGUCGAUGAUGUCUUUCUUUGGGUGGGUGGCAUGGCACAUUUGCUAGGUUUGUCUGCCUGGCAUCUGAACCUCUUCCUAUAUUCAGGGAAUUGCCUAUUUUAUGAGCCAUAAUGAGACGCAAUAAGUACCACCACUUACAAUAGCUGAAAAUGCUAGAUACUAACUUGCCCAGCCUCGCCUGCAGCUUGGGCCAGGCAUGUGGCCUCAGGAUGCACCUGUGCCAGAUUUUUGACUCAAGGAAGGAACUGGGAGCUCUCUUUCAUGUGGUGGCUGUAGCAAUAAAACCCACAAAACUGAGUUCCUGAUGUAGAAGUGGCAACGAUGUAGCAAUUGGUAUUUACUGGCAGCAUGGCUUUCCUCAUUAGAUCAGUGCUGCAGCAUUAUUCCUGUCAUUCCUGGGAAUCCUUGAGUCUCAUUUUCUACUUUUCCCAAUGAUUAUGAGAGAUUCCAAUCCUGUUAACCUCUCCUUUUUUGCCUAUCUGGUCGAAGUCAGCUUCAGAACACCUGCCUAUGCUGAACCAGUUUCUGUGCUAGACUCUUUCAGGUCUCAGUUUUCAUCAAAACAACCCUAAGGUAGGAACUACCCCCUUUUUUACCAAUGAAGAAACAGAGGCAGAGAAGUUGUAUCUUGCCUGGAGGGCACAUAGCUAAUAAGGGCCAGAGCUGGGACUUGGAGCCAUAUAAGCUGACUCUGGGGCUCCCACAGGUAACCUUUGUGCUGGUCUGCCUCUCACUCUGUUAGGUUCAAGCAGAAUGACUGUCAAGAUCUCUAAGGAGAGCCAAGCCAGGAAUUGGCUGGAACAAGCCAGGUGAUGGGAAAUGGGGUCUUGAAGAAGAGGCAUUCAGUUGGACGCUCAUGGUCUGAGCCUGGCUGCCAAGUUCAAGCUAUGCUCUACCUCACACACCUCUGUAUGUUUGGCAGGCCUAGGGCCAUAGGGAGCCCAAGCUGGAGCUGGUACAGGCCUGGUGAUUACCGAUUUCUAAAAUCAAUUCUGAUUGGACACAAUGUGAGCAUAUAACACCCUAUGAGUCCAGGAUACCCUGCACUUGUCUGAUGGAUCAUGCUACCCUAUUUCAGUGAAAAAGUCUUUUUCACAAGCCUCUGGUACAUCACCUAUUUCAGGGUGGUCUUAUUAGCUUUUUGGUUUAUGGACAAGAAGGGAACUUUCUUAACAUCAGUGUGUGCUGGUGAUUUCACCGCCUUUUCCUCUGAACUCAGUCCCACUCUUUGCCUUAGAUUUUUGUUUACCCAGCCCCCUGCCCUAGGAAUUAUGGGGGAUGAAGCUAUAAGACCAUGGAAUACACACCUAUGACACUGACACUGAACUGCUGGGGAUCAUAGCUGGGUCAAGAGCUACUGUUACCCUCUGCCAUGUGCUGUGAAUUCUGAGGGAAACACUUUGAUUUGAUUUCCAUCUUAAUAGCAUCUGCUAAUAAGAUAAAUGUGAAACAUGAUGAGGGAGAGGCCAAAAUUCCAACUUCCCAAAGCAAAAAGCAAGAGAGUGUACUUGUCUGAAAUGUGAUAGUACUGUCAAAACACACAACUCGCUGUGGGUUGUGAAACACGUAAUGGUUCUAUCUGUUCUAAGACUCUAAAAUCACAAAUUUUC